AUGUAUGCGAGGAGAUUAAGGAGUAACUAUUGCAAGUGGAAUCUUCUACUGCAGAGGGGGAAAGAUUCUUCUAGUUUUAACUGUGGGGAGUACUAUUCAUAUCAUUCUUUAGCUAGUAAACAAAGAGCUGGAAACAAUAUUCUCCAAGGUGGAUUGGCUAGAAGAUAUUUGUCAGAGAAGUUCAAUCCAUCAGGUAUUUCUUUAGAUAGAUGGUAUUAUGGGUUGGAAGGGAGAUCAUCUUUGAGGUGUGAAAGUGGACUCUAUAGACUCUACAGCUCCAAAGGUGAUGGUAGGAGUCCAAAUGAGGGCAAACAUGCCUCUGUGAAAGAUGGAGCUAAUCUCGAGAAGGGAAAGACUCGCAAGGAGAAAAACAUAGAUGAUCUGCAGAAUUUUGAUGCACAUGCUCGACUUGGAGAACAAGAUCAAAAGGAUUGGCUUAACAAUGAAAAGCUUGCAAUUGAAAGCAAAAAGAGAGAAUCUCCCUUUUUGACUAAGCGGGAGAGAUUUAAAAAUGAGUUCAUGCGACGACUUAUUCCGUGGGAAAAAAUUACAGUUACAUGGGACAAUUUUCCCUAUUAUAUCGAUGGGCACACCAGAAAUCUUUUGGUUGAGUGUGCUGCUUCGCAUUUGAAGCAUGAGAAGUCCACUACUGGUUUGGGGAGCCGUUUAACCUCUUCAAGUGGGAGAAUUCUUCUUCAGAGCAUUCCAGGUACCGAGCUUUACCGUGAACGAAUGGUCAAGGCUCUAGCUCAGGAUCUUCAAGUUCCACUGCUAUUACUUGACAGCAGUGUGCUAGCUCCUUUUGACUUCAGCCAAGACUCUGAAACUGAGUCUGAGGACAGUGAAGACUGUACGACUGAAUCAGAAGUAGACGAUGAUAAUGAUGCAACCAAUGAAGAUGAAUAUACAAGCAGUGGUGAGGCAAAAGCUGAAAGCAGCGACGAGGAGGAAAUCGAUAUUCAGGCUUCCGCUGAAGCCUUGAAGAAACUUCUUCCGUGCAAUCUUGAGGAGUUUGAGAAGAGAAUCUCGGGAGAAUCCGAAACUGUUGCUGAUUCAUCAGAGCCAAAGGUCAAUGAGCCUGCUGACUGUGGGAAACAGCCCUUAAAGAAAGGUGAUCGAGUAAAAUAUGUGGGACCUUCUUGCAAUGGAGAAGAAAAGAGACCUUUGUCCAGUGGACAGCGGGGUGAGGUGUAUGAGGUCAAAGGGGAUCAUGUUGCAGUUGUCUGGGAUGUUAGUGAGACUGAUGCCGAUGGAGCAAAAGAUGAAAAGACUUCUUCAGAAGCUACAAAACCCUCACUACAUUGGAUCAAGUUAAACGAUGUGGAGCUUGAUUUAGAUGCUCAGUCUGAAGACUGUUAUGUUGCAAUUCAGGCACUUCAUGAGGUGUUGCUUUCUCUGCAACCACUUAUUGUCUAUUUUCCAGAUUCAUCUUUGUGGCUAUCAAGAGCUGCUUCUAAGUCAAACCGCAAAGAGUUUGUUCAGAAGUUGGGAGAAAUGUUUGAUCAACUAGCGGGACCUGUUGUCCUGAUCUGUGGUCAAAAUAAAGUUGAAACUGGAUCAAAAGAAAAGGAGAAAUUUACAAUGAUUCUUCCAAAUUUGGGCCGCCUAGCAAAAUUGCCUCUUUCUUUAAAGACUCUUACCGAAGGACUGAAGGAAAGAAAACAAUCGGUGGAUGAUGAAAUAUACAAGCUCUUCACUAAUGUUAUGUGUAUACAUCCUCCGAAGGAGGAAGAUGUUCUUAGAACAUUCAAUAAACAAGUCGAAGAAGACAGGAGACUGGUGAUAGCUCGAAGCAACUUAAACGAACUGCAUAAGGUUCUUGACGAGAAUGAUCUAGCGUGCAUAGAUCUUCUACAAUUAAACACUGAUGGUGUCAUAUUGACUAAGCGGAAGGCUGAGAGCGUUGUUGGUUGGGCAAAAAACCAUUACUUGGCAUCUUGCCUCCACCCAUGCAUUAAGGGGAACCGACUGUAUAUACCAAGGGAGAGCCUUGAAAUUGCGCUGUUGAGGUUAAAGGAGCAGGAAACACUAUCGAAAAAACCUUCACAAAGUAUUAAGAAUUUGGCUAAAGAUGAAUACGAGAGCAACUUUGUUUCAGCUGUUGUUCCUCCUGGAGAAAUAGGUGUUAAAUUUGACGACAUUGGUGCCCUUGAAGAUGUGAAGAAAGCGUUGAAUGAACUUGUUAUUCUUCCUAUGCGCAGACCUGAACUUUUUACUCGUGGAAAUUUGUUGCGGCCUUGCAAGGGAAUACUGCUUUUUGGUCCCCCUGGUACUGGAAAAACCCUCCUUGCUAAGGCUCUGGCUACAGAAGCAGGAGCUAAUUUUAUCAGCAUUACUGGUUCUACACUUACAUCCAAGUGGUUUGGAGAUGCUGAAAAGCUUACGAAGGCUCUCUUUUCCUUCGCAAGCAAACUAGCGCCUGUAAUAAUUUUCGUUGAUGAGGUUGAUAGUUUGCUUGGUGCUCGUGGGGGUGCAUUUGAGCAUGAGGCUACUAGAAGAAUGCGAAAUGAGUUCAUGGCGGCUUGGGAUGGAUUAAGGUCAAAGGACAGUCAGAGAAUUCUCAUUCUUGGCGCUACUAAUCGACCAUUUGACCUUGAUGAUGCAGUUAUCCGUCGUUUACCUAGAAGGAUAUAUGUGGACCUACCAGAUGCUGAAAAUCGCCUAAAAAUCCUUAAGAUUAUUCUAGCUCGGGAAAAUCUGGAAUCUGAUUUUAUGUUUGAGCAUCUUGCUAAUGCUACUGAAGGUUAUUCUGGGAGUGAUUUGAAGAAUCUGUGUGUUGCUGCGGCAUAUAGGCCGGUACAAGAGCUUUUGGAGGAAGAGGCAACGGGAGCGAAAGAAGGUGAUGGCUCCCCGUUAAGACCGCUGAAUCUCGACGACUUUAUUCAGUCAAAGGCCAAGGUUGGGCCUUCUGUAGCUUACGACGCAACUAGUAUGAACGAGUUGCGGAAGUGGAAUGAACAGUACGGUGAAGGUGGAAGCAGAAGAAAAUCACCUUUUGGUUUCUGA